ACUUUAUAAAAAAAUAAAUAUUAUUGCUGUUCCUAGAUGAUAAGCAUAGAAUAUUGAUACGGUAUUGGUAUAUAUUGGAAUUAAUUACCUAGGGGUCACAUCAAUUCUGUUCCAUCAAAGUUACUCACAACUCCAGCACCAGCAGCAUGGCUUCCAGAAUUGUACUUGCAAUUUUAGCUCUUAUUGCCUUCCAGAAGCUGGCAAGCGCAUGUUGUAUCGCUCCUUCACUGGAUUUAGGAUACGGUGGAUGCGGUGGAUGCGGAGGAUGUGGAGGAUGUGGUGGAAGCGGUUACUGGGGUGGUUGUGGUGGUAAGUCUCUACUACCACUUCCUAGACCUGUUAAGCUACCACUAGUCAUCAAACCAAUCUUGGACUUGAACUGUGAUACAAACGCUCCUAAUGGCAACGGCUGCUCACUGACUCCAAACUGUGAAAACUCCAUCUCAUCUUGCGGAACCUACAGCUCGGGCUGCUGUAACGGAAACACAGUAUCAGCACCUAUAGGCAGUUGCGCAAACACAUUGCUGCUGAAGAAACUCUUGCCGGUUCUGCUUGCAAAUCAACCUACUCUCCAUACUGGCCCAUCCUACAGAAAUAGCGGUGGAGGAUGCGGAUCCUGCUCAAGCUACUGCUAAACUGUGCUCUGAUUGGAAGUUUAUAGACAGCAAUGCAGUUUUUCCUGCAAUAAUAUUUAUUUGUGCAUGUUGUGUAUCAUUCUUCACUCUGAAUGAGUAUAAGUAAAUAGCAUUUUUGACAA